CUCCAUUAGCUUAUCACUAAAAACCAAGCUUGACUCAACCUAACUUCUGAAAUUUUGGGGAGCAGAGAGAGAGAAAGCAUGAGGUUCUCCCUCGACACUUCCAUGUCACAAGUCAGCAGCAACCAACUCGUGUCGACGUACGGUGAUGACUCGUAGCUCACACUCAUUUCAAAUAUACACUGCCUGGUGCAAUUUCAGUACAUUAUUCUCAAUUUCUUAUCCCAAUCAAGCGAUCAACCCUUUGGAUCUUGAGUAGUAAGUAAAUCCCUCGGGUUAUAUAGAAGCCCCUAUCACAAUGCGCAAAGACGAUUCAGAAAUAUAUUUGGGUUUGAAUGAAGGAGCUUCUCCAAGGCUAGAGAACUUUGGGAAGGUUUCUAUAGUUCCUCUUGUUUUCCUCAUAUUCUAUGAGGUCUCUGGGGGUCCUUUUGGUGUUGAAGACAGUGUCAAGGCAGCUGGUCCACUUUUGGCACUUCUAGGCUUUUUGAUCUUUCCACUUGUAUGGAGCAUACCAGAAGCCCUAAUAACUGCUGAAAUGGGAACCAUGUUCCCUGAAAAUGGAGGAUAUGUUGUCUGGGUAUCAUCUGCUUUGGGUCCUUACUGGGGAUUUCAGCAAGGUUGGAUGAAGUGGCUAAGUGGUGUCAUUGACAAUGCACUCUAUCCUGUACUAUUCUUGGACUAUCUGAAGUCGGCUAUCCCGGCUUUGGCCGACGGUUUUCCUAGGGCAAUCGCAAUCUUUUGUUUAACCAUAGCUCUCACUUAUCUGAGUUACCGAGGUUUAAAUGUGGUUGGAUGGGUAGCAAUACUCUUAGGAGUGCUAUCCCUCCUUCCUUUCUUGUUUAUGGGACUUAUCUCGCUUCCUAGGAUUGAACCUUCUAGAUGGCUUGAGUUGUCGGACAUGGGGAGUGUCGAUUGGGGUCUUUAUUUGAAUACCCUUUUCUGGAAUUUGAACUAUUGGGACUCAAUCAGCACUCUUUCCGGUGAGGUGGAGAAUCCUGGCAAAACACUCCCUAAGGCCCUCUUCUAUGCUCUUCUAUUGGUUGUGUCGGGCUACUUUUUUCCUCUUCUAAUAGGUACUGGAGCUUUGCCUGUUGACCGUGGUCUGUGGAGUGAUGGGUACUUUUCGGAUAUUGCCAAAACUGUAGGAGGCCUUUGGCUGAGAUCGUGGGUCCAAGUCGCUUCAGCAGUGUCAAACAUGGGUAUGUUCUUGGCUGAGAUGAGCAGUGACUCCUUCCAGCUUCUUGGGAUGGCUCAACUUGGGAUGCUUCCGGAAGUCUUCGCCAAGAGGUCCCGCCAUGGGACACCUCUUGUUGGGAUUCUUUUCUCUGCAUCAGGUGUCGUUCUCUUGUCGUGGCUUAGCUUCCAAGAAAUUGUCGCAGCAGAGAACUUCUUGUACUGUUUUGGGAUGAUAAUGGAGUUCAUCGCGUUUGUGAAGUUGAGGAUGAAAUACCCAGCAGCUUCUAGGCCUUACAAGAUACCAUUGGGGACAAAAGGUUCAAUCUUUAUGUGUAUACCGCCAACAAUAUGUAUUCUUGUGGUGUUAGGACUUGCCUCCUUUAAAGUCAUGGCCAUUAGCGUCUUGGCUUUGCUCAUUGGAAUGGUUUUACAGCCUUGUCUGGUGUAUAGUGAGAAGAAAAGAUGGUUCAAAUUUUCUGUCACUUCUGGCUGCCCAGCAUUUUGACCAUUGUUGCCUUGUUUGGUUUGUUGUUGAGGCUAUUAUAAAUUUGUAAUUUCCCAAAAUUUAUUCAAAAGAAUCAAGAAUCUGAACCCAUCUAAUUACACAACUGGAUCGUGGAGGAGGUUGCUAUUCCUUCUAUGGAGACUAAAUGUUCGAAACAUUUCUUUGGAGGGAACAAGGCGAGGCUUUGGUGCUACUCUUGUGAAAAAUAAAGGGAAAACUGUCAAAUAGGUCCUCGAACUUUCAUAAAAAAGUCAAUUAAGUCCUUCUAUAGGAGACUAUGUCCGGUCGUCGCGAUUUGGGGCGGUUCCCGGUGUAAUUUUUUGAUGAAUUUUUUUGAGCAUCUUAUUCAUCAAUUCUAGUUUACUCAUACCAAAUUUCAGCUAAAAAUUUAAUCGGAAGCGCAUUCAAAUUAAUUCGAGAACACAAAAAUGCGCAGUUAUCUUCAAGAAAUAAUUUGAAUGUGUUCCCGAUUGCAUUUUUAGCUGAAAUUUGGUAUGAGUAAACUAGACUUGGUGAAUAAGAUUCUCAAAAAAUUUCAUCAAAAAAUUCCACCGGGAACUGCCCCAAAUCGCGACGGCAGACAGAACCUCCUAUAGAAGGACUUAAUUGACUUUUUUAUGAAAGUUCGAGGACCUAUUUGACAAUUUUCCCAAAAAUAAAUGUCAUUUAUUUGGGCAAUAUGGAUUCGGAAACACUAAAACAUGCCUUUAAACAGGCUGUCUCUUUUGUAGUCAAGCUAAGUUGGAUUAUAGUUUGUAUUAAUAGUGUGGAAGGAAGUUGUAGGAUUUUUACUUUUUAUGGUGGAUACUAAAGCAUGUGUAUGAAUCCCUCUGUAAAAGAAGCAGGUACACUACUCUUGAUUUACUUCACAAGUCUUUAUCAUUUAGAUCAAGAUUGAUAUUAAGGAGUAAGGACUAAGGAGCAUGUUGUUUUCAUUUUCUUUUCCAAAUUGUCCAAUCUUCUCAUAGUUGC